CCCAAAUAUUCUAACUCAAUUGGAUCAAAUAAUGGGGAGAAAAAUAAUGCUCCUCUCGUAGGAGGAAGGCCCUUUAUUUCGCACCCAGAAGGCCUAAAAAUCCAGUGAAUUCUUCAUGCCCUUGCAAUUCUUACAAACAUGGCAAGCACCGCCGUCGACUGCCGGAGACCCGCUCCGUUCGUCCAGAAUCCACGACCGCGGUAGUCAAGGUAUCAUGUUAACCUUAUGGUCUUAGCUGUUGUGGACUAAAAGAAAACUCAAGUGUUUUUGCUGUCCGUUAAGUGCUAUCCUACACCAUGAAAUAAACAUAGUCAUGGACCAUUUGCGGAAGCAGAUAAUUCCAUCUAUCUUCAAAUGUGCUUCUGUAAGCCAUUGUGAUAAUAGCUUUAGAUCAUCAAGAGCCAAGUUUCGUACUAAUGGUUCAAUCCACACCUAUCAGAAGUAUAGGUUUUAUCGCACGAAAAGGAAAUCUCGGGAAAUAUGGGAGAAAAUAUUCCUAUUUCCCGAGACUGUGAAGAGAGAAGCCCAGUCCUCUCUGUUAGACUACCUGCAUUCCACCAGAGGAUUGCAAUAUCCGGAUGCCCAACACAUAAGUGGAAACUCCCCGCAUUUUCUUAAUAACUUGGUGAAAAUGGUGAAUAAUGAUAGUCGUAGUGCAGGGUCUAUAUCCAGGUAUUUGAGAUACCAUCCCAUUAAUGAGUUUGAGCCCUUCUUUGAGAGUAUGGGGUUGAACCCUUCUGAGUACUCUAUGUUUCUCCCAUCAAAAUUGAUAUUCUUGAGUGAUGAUCAAGUUUUGAUUCACAACUAUCGUGUACUCUGCAGUCGUGGUUUUGCACGGAAUAAGAUUGGAGAAAUUUACAAAGAAGUCCCCAAGAUCUUCAGGUAUUGUCAAGGAGUAUUGGAAUCAAAGCUGAAGGCGUUUGGCAAGGUUGGGUUUGACCAACUCAGUCUAGUUAAGCUAAUUCAUUCAAAUCCACGCCUUUUGGAGGGGAAUGCAGAUAAGGAGUUCUUUAGGUUUUUGGAGAAGUUGAAGUGUUUGGGAAUUGAUCAAGACUGGAUUUUUCCGCAAUUAUUGAAAGAAAACUCUUAUGAGUGGGGAUAUUUAUCUGAAGCCUUGCUCUUGUUCAGGAAGUUGGGUUUCAAUGAGGAGAAACUGGGUAAAGUCAUAAUUAAUAAUCCUGAUAUUUUAUUUGGGGGCUCAGGACGUAAUGUAUUUUCAAUUAUGGGGUUCUUGUGGAAAUUUGGAUGCACUCAGAAUAAUAUAUACUGUAUUUUUUCUCAUUUCCCACCAAUUCAAACUGGAAUGUUUCUUAAGAACUUAAGGAACUGUUACCAGAUUCUUAUUGAUAUUGAAAUGCCUUCACAUCAGAUUGAGAAUGUUUUUAGUUCACACCCUUUGGUUCUGGGUUCAUGUUCUUUAAAGAAAGUAGAUAGCUUGCUCCGUACUUUAAAUACUGGGAAGAAGAGGCUCUGUAAAACGAUCUUAGAGGACCCACAUGUUUUGAAGAAAUGGGUUUUAGGAAAAAGAGUCGAGCCUUUCCCAACAACAGGAGAGAUAAAAAAAUCGAAAGACAUGAAAAUUAAAUUUCUUUUGAGUUUGGGCUUUCUUGAAAACGGAGGUGAAAUGGAAGUUCUUAAAUCUCUUCGAGGCAAAGGAUUGGAGCUUCAAGAGAGGUUUGACUGUUUGGUCAAUGCCGGUUUGGAUCCAAAGGAUGUGUCCACAAUGAUCAAAGGUUAUCCCAAUAUUCUAAACCAAACGAAAGAGGUGAUUGAAGAAAAGAUUGAUUUUCUUGUGAACAUCUUGGGAUAUCCGCUAUGUAGUUUAGUUUCGUUUCCAUCAUACAUUGCAUUCAACACUCAGAGAACCAAACUCAGGGUGUUUAUGUAUAAUUGGCUGAAAGAUCAAGGGAGAGUAGAUCCAAACUUGGCCUUGAAAACUAUUGUUGCUUCUUCUGAGAAAUCAUUUGUGAGUAGGUAUGUAAAUCAACAUCCUGGAGGACAUGACGUUUGGGAAGAUUUAAAGAAAGGUAUUCAACUGCAGUAAUUUUGAGAAUCAUACAUUGCAUUCAACACUCAGAGAACCAAACUCAGGGUGUUUAUGUAUAAUUGGCUGAAAGAUCAAGGGAGAGUAGAUCCAAACUUGGCCUUGAAAACUAUUGUUUCUUCUUCUGAGAAAUCAUUUGUGAGUAGGUAUGUAAAUCAACAUCCUGGAGGACAUGACGUUUGGGAAGAUUUGAAGAAAGGUAUUCAACUGCAGUAAUUUUGAGAAUCAUUUGAACUUUGAAGAGACGUGAGAUGCACCGUUUACAGGGAAAGUCUGAUUUGCUGAAAUAUGAGGGUUUCAAUUCCAUAUUUCUCACACCUUGAAUCACGCAGUUGACAGAAUCCCAGUCUGACAAGCCUAGAUGGAGAUGCUGCGACAAUUUGAUCAGUACAGCAUGUAAACAUUUGCUUUAGAUGAAGCCAGCAAGAACAACAAGAAGGGCGACAACCAUGUGUGUAAAGAUGGCUGUACUACUGGAGAUAGAGUUUGAUGGUGAUAGGCUUAUUUAUAUAGCACAUAGAGGGUUUCCUCAGUGGAAGGUUGUGUUGUGGUUCGUUACACGCAUUUAAUUUUGGUCAGCACUGCUCCUUUGUGUUCGGAAUACAUUAUUCAACUGUGAUUUAUGUACCAAUAUUGGUCAAAACCAUACAUAGUCAAAACCCUUAUGGCCUUGUCAUAAAAAGUCAACCAUAUAAUAUAAGUAGUCUGAGUUUGUAUAUUUAUACUAUCUAUUUGGUAUAGUCGAUUGGAAUAACUUAACAACAUGUUGGAGUGGAU